GGCUGUCAACAAAAUGGACAAGCGCCAGGUCAAGACUUUCUGCACACCAUUCCACUGAACCUCUUGAGCAGCCAUGAAGCUGCACGGGCUGUCUGGUGCCACAAUGAGUGCGCUGACCACAAUCGUGCCAUACCUAGGCUCCAAUGACGCCGUCUAUGACGACGGCCCCGCCAAGCCUGGAUUCCGCUCAGAAAAAAUGCACUCUGAAUCCAUUAGUGUCACAAACAAGGUCAUUUACAGCACCAAUGCGGCCAUUUUCCCCACUAACAUGUCAGACAUUCUGUUGAGUAAUGACACUGAUGGGAUGGCGGCGCAGUGCGGGGAGAACUUUGUGGACAACUUGGAGUGUUUUAUGAUCCUGACUCCUGGGCAGCAACUGGCCAUCGCCAUCUUGGCCCUCACUUUGGGUUCGUUUACAGUGCUGGAGAACCUGAUGGUGCUGUGCGUCAUUCUGCAUUCGCAGAUGCUACGAUCCCGACCGUCCUACCACUUCAUAGGAAGCUUGGCUGUGGCGGACCUCAUCGGCAGCAUCAUUUUCGUCUAUAGUUUCUUGGACUUCCACGUCCUGCACAGGAAGGACAGCCCUGAGGUUUUCCUCUUCAAGCUGGCCGGUGUCAUCGCCUCCUUCACCGCCUCCGUGGGCAGCCUCUUCCUCACCGCCAUUGACCGCUACAUCUCCAUUCACAGGCCCAUGGCGUACAAGCGCAUUGUGACCAAGACUAAAGCAGUGGCGGCCUUCAGUCUCAUGUGGGGCGUGUCCAUAGUGUUUGCGCUGCUGCCCCUGCUGGGUUGGAACUGCAAGCGCCUCAACUCGGUCUGUUCAGACAUUUUCCCCCUCAUCGAUCAGAAGUAUCUGAUGUUCUGGAUUGGGAUGACCAGCGUCCUGCUGCUCUUCAUCAUUUACGCUUAUAUGUUCAUCUUGUGGAAGUCGCACCACCAUGCUGUGCGCAUGCUAAGCCGCACCUCCCAGAGGAGCAUCGUUGUCUACACAGCGGAGGGCACCAAGGUUCAGACGGCGAGGCCCGAGCAGGCCCGCAUGGACCUCCGCCUGGCCAAGACCCUCGUGCUCAUCUUGGUGGCCCUCAUCCUCUGCUGGGGGCCACUCUUAGCCAUCAUGGUUUACGACCUCUUGGGAAAAGUGGACGACUUCAUCAAGACCGUAUUUGCCUUCUGCAGCAUGCUGUGCCUGUUCAACUCCACCGUCAACCCCGUCAUCUACGCCAUGAGGAGCAAGGACCUGCGCAGGGCUUUCGGCAACAUCUGCCGCCUGUGCCGGGGAAGCGAGCAACCUCUGGAUAACAGCGGGGAGAGCGAUUGGAACAGCAGGAGCGUCAGGACCAAAGAUAGCGGAGGCAGUGGGGCGAACAGCCGAGUGAAAGUGGCCCAAGUUUCUAUUUCUGGAGUGACAGAUACAACUUCAGGUGCAGAUUCAGUGUGAACGCCUUCUGAUUGUGAAGUCGGAAGGCGUUCACACUGAAGUGUGCCAUGAAUAUUGUGUAGGAUGGACUGCACCUCCUUGUGCACUUGAUUUUGACUGGAGUGUGCCAAAGAGUGACUUGUGAUUCCAACAUAUUCACUGUAAGUUUGCUUGGAUGAUGAACUCUGGAGCUGUUGUUUUAGGCACACCUGCACAAUCUAAACAACCAGUGGGCAAAGUACUUACUGGCGUCGUCCACCCUUUAAUCUGGCCCAGCAAGCAUUAGCAAGAGUUUUGUAAAAUUUGUUGCAUUAAUUUCGCCACUUUUCCUGUAAAAUUUAUUGCAUUAAUUCUAUCCCUUUAGGUUGUUCUGGUGUUCCUUAUGAAUAAUGAAAUGUGCUUUGUUGUAUAGCUUUCAUUCUUAACCAUUUUAGGAGUGACCACGUUUAUUGCUAUUGCAUAUCACAGGUGUGGGAAACUAUUUUGCAACCAGAGAGCCAUUAAGUUUUUAUAAAGUCCUCCUUGGCCAUACUAAACUGAAGAACAAAUACACACAUUUUC